AUGGCAACUAUUGCAAAUUAUUCCCAACAUUUUACUUCCGCGAUGCCAAAUUAUCAUCAUCAUCAUCGUUGGUCAAAACCAAAACAAUCAACUUAUAUGAAAAGGAAAAAUUUCAGAAGACAUGAUUAUAAUCGUUUCCGCGGUAAUCGUCAAGAUCCAUUAAAUUUAAAUGAACUUAUUCAAAACAAGAACCAACAACAACAACAAUCAACAAUAAAUAAUGAUCAUAUAGAUGUAGAUAUUUAUGGUAAUGAUCGACCAAUUGAAAUUUUACUUCCACCAAAUAUUUUUGAUCCUCUUAAUCUUGAUAUUUCUUCAUAUAAUAAUGAAAAUUCUAUUUCAUUUAAUAGUAUAAAACAACAAAAAUACAUACCCAAAAUACAAACACAUUUUCAAUCAACUGAACAUAAAUGGAAUUAUGAUCAUCAAGUACCCAAACGAACAAUGAUUAGAUAA